AUGGGAGUUUGUAGUUCAUCCAAACAGUGUGAUAGCAAGACCAAACACAAGGAUAAUUUUAACUCGGCAUUGACCAAUACUGCAGAGGUUCAGCAAACCAUAAGAGAAAUACUUCCAACCUAAAAUGAAUAGAGGUUAAAUGAAAACCAAACCGCUUAAAGAAAAUUGAGAAAAUCAGGGACUUUAAGCUAUUUUGAAUAUAAACAAGAUAAAACAACAAUAGACAAACAAUUAAGUAAAAUUUACUUUAUAUAUGUUUAGGAAGUAUAAGAUAGAUACCAUAGAAAGUACCUUAACUUAAAAUCAAAGUCACUGAUGCAAUAGCUUCAAAAGAUUAUUCUGUGUAUAAGGGAAAGGUUAAAAUACCCAAUAAAUCAACUCUUCGAGUAAUGCAACAUAAUAGCGAUGGAUAAUUAGUAAUUAUGGAAUAAUUGCCAUAUGAUUAAGAAGGAAAGGAUUAUAUUGAGUGGCUCUAAAAAACCAAUUUGGUAAUUAUUAUUGUGAUAAUGAAUAGGAAUUUUAUCAUAUUGGAAAGAUUCAUGAAAUCUUUAUCUUUGGAAAGUAAUUUUAAAUAAUAAGUGAAUUUUGCACAGGAGGUCCAUUAUCUGAUUUAUUGCAUUGCAAAUUAUCAGAAUAGAUAGUUAGUAAUAUUCUGGAUUAAAUAUUUGAAAUCAUAAAUUUCCUUCAUUCAAAUAAGUUAUCUCACAAUAAGUUGACAAUAGAUAGUUUUUCUUUUUAUUACGAUUUGUAAAAUUAUUUGAUUAAGUUGACUGAUAUCAGAAAUUUAUUUAAACCUUAAAGAGAACCUUAACUUCAACUUAUUUAAUAUGCAUCUCCUGAAGCUCUAAGCUCUCAUCAUCCUCAUAAAUCAAAUGAUAUUUGGUCAUUAGGAAUUAUUGCCUAUUAAUUAAUGACUAGAAAUUUGAUUUAUGAAGGUGAUCAAGAUUUAACUACAAUUCAAGAGGUGAAAUAGGCAAUCCUAAGAUGGUCAUCAAAAUAAGAUAUAAAANCAGUGUAUUAGUAAAAUUUAAGAAUUUUUUUCUCUUCAUAUUACUUAAUAUUAUGA